AUGCGGAAGAUUGAUAAGGCAUGCCGAGGAAAGCAGCCAGAAGUGUUUGUGCAACGGCGGUGUGUUGCACCGAAAAUCGAAGCACAACCAUCACAUACGCUGAGUGAGCUUGCAUUUAGCCAUUGCGAGGUUCGAAGAGCCAUCAGGUACGAAGUCACCUUACGGGAGGAUCCAGAGGAUACGAAUGGAGCUCGGAUCCACGACACACGCAACGAGGGGUGCCUCGUGGAGAUGCUGGGUAAGAAGAAGUGGGUGGGCCACCAACAUUAUGAUCCUCUGGUGCAGCGCUGGCCACAUGGUGAUGCGAAGCUUUACCACUUGAGUCGGCACAGGAUCACUGCAGAACCAGAUGAAGACAAUCGCGAGCUGCGCAAGAAGAAGCAAACCCGAACGGACACUCACAUUUCUGAGAGUCGAGAGCCACUCCGCUUAAGGACAAAAGACAGCGGCACAUCGCGAGGCAAGAUGGAAGUGAUUCCUAAGCUCACCUCUGCCACUCUGGACUUGCAGGCGACAUGUAAGGACGCAACGGAGCAAGAGGGAAGGACAUUGCAGGACGAAGACCAUCCAAAACCUAGUGCUCAAAUGUUUUCCUUUGCUCGGGCUCGGCUGCCCCAAACGGCGGCUGUUGUGCAGGAAGCCUGGCAGUGCAUGCUGCCGGGUUCCCGUGCAUUCGGUACAAAACGCGUCAGGCAACGGCGACGGUCGCGUGGGCGCAUCAUCCAGCUCAAGGAGACUCACUACGAGCCCAAACCAGAGGGCUAUCAGUCUUUGCCGAUGUCACUGCUGGCUUCGGGGCCGAUACGGCGAGUGCUGAGCACAAGAUCUGCCGAGGCCGGGCGUCUUGCUGGAGCGAUCGACUGGGAACGGUACAAGUGUGAUGUCAAGGGUGUCCGCUGGCACGCAAGCGGCGCUUGGCGAGUACUGUUCAACAAGAAGGACUAUGAACACAACUUCUUUGUAAAGUGCAGCUGCUACUUCAGAGUGCCAAUUUAUGGGUUUGACCGUGCCAAAGAGCUGGCAAUUGCAUACAGACGGCGGCUGGAAUCAGAGUGGGACGAGCAGCUGAGAAUCUGGGCGGAUCUUGACGAAAAGCGCGAGCAGCAGCGAGCAGCGAGGCGAGCUGAGCGAGCGCUGAUGAUGGAGCAACAGGACCCUGCAGAGCGGUCAAUUUAUGGCACCGAGGAUGAGCCGACGGCAUCGCUUGAGGCGCCAAAGCCGGACAGAACUCUCCGGUAA